GUGACAUUGAGGCAGGGUAGCAGCAGCAGCAGCCGGCUGACUCAACCUUCAGUUUCGGCUCCACUUUGCGCCGUCCUGCGCUCCUCCGCCGGCUCCGCCUGACACCGACCGGAGGGCGCUGUCCCCACCUGAGACAUGGACAUCAGCGGACAACAUUUCACGGUGUAGCCAGGAGGAUUCGUUGACUGAGAGAAUCAUGGAGCCAGAUGUGAUCCGCAUGUUCUCGUCCUCGCCGCCCCCGAUGGAGGACGGCACAGAGGAAGAGGACAACGAGUUUGGAGACUUCGGCACCUUCUCCGGCGUCCCGAACAGCAUCAGCUUCACGGAAUUCGACACCCCGACCACUUUUAACCAGACCCAAGCUCUGACCGCCACCUCCCCGCCGGAGCUCCUCGGCACCAGAGGGGUGAUGGGAUUCAGCUCCUCUAACGGCACCCACGCCCCCAAAGACGAGCUGUCCAAGGCUAAUGGCGUUGUGCCAGCGGGCCACCUGGGCGGCGGUCCCUCGGAGAGAACUGAGGUGAAAAAAGUCCUCCCCGGCUCUCUGGAUUUAUCAGGGAGCGACACAGCUGGCGGCGAGCCCGCCAACUGUAACGGCGGAGGCACAGAGGUGCUAACAAACGGGUUUGCAACCUUUGACCUUCAGGGAAGCCCUUCCUCGCAGAAUUCUGUCCACGCUCACAUAAAAGGAACGUCCACUGAGGACACGGGCAGCGUCCCCGCCGGCAGCCCCGAGGACGAUUUUGCAGACUUUGCUGCUUUUUCCCAUGCUGAAGGACACCUCGGCCAGACGGCGCACGAGGACUCGGACAAUCCUGUGGCAGGCAGCCGGCCGGCAGAGGCCGCCCGCCGCCAGGAGCACUGUAACAUAGAGCAGGGAACGACUUCAGAGGACACUGUCAGGGACACAAACAGAACUGGACCCAGCUCUGACUCCAUAUCUGUCCCCGCUGAGGCCCCGGGCGGCUCGUGGAACACGGACCGGGGCCCUCAGGCGGACCGGGGCCCUCACGCGGAGGCCGACUCUCAAAGGGACGUAGCCUUUGCACAGGACGACUCGGCCGCAGAGGCUGUUUGCACUAACAGACCCGUCUCUCUGAACGGGGUGGAUGUAGCCGAUAGGGACGAUUCCAAAGACGCGGCGGGCUGCAGCGAAAGUGACCUCUCGCCUGACGCAGUGGCGGACGGCGAGGCGGGACAUUUGGACGGGAAGGGCUCUGGUAAUGAGACCGAGACAGAAACGGAGACGGAGACGUCGUUUGGGCGGCCGCUGUCCACAGACGCUCUGGAGGAGUUUGGUGACAUGAGCACCACGGGCUCCGUGCCCUCUCCGCCCCUUCAAGGGGAGACCGCCACGCCCGCCGACCACAGCCAGCUGGCAGAGGACGAUGAGGACGAGGACUUUGGGGAUUUUGGAGACGCCGGCUCGUUCAGCGGUCCGGGCUUCACCGACUUUGACCAGCUGGAUGUCCAGCAGGAGCGGAGCAGGUCGGACAGCCCCGCUGCUGCACAGGAAGCUACAGACGCCAAGGACGACGACGACUUUGGCGACUUUAACUCCCCCAAAUUUCACAGCGGUGGAAACGAGGGCGAGGAGGGAGGAAAGUUUGCGGACUUCCCCGUCAGCGACAGUUUUGGGAAUUUCAGCUCGGCUGCUGAGGGCGCAGACGGCGAGGCGGAUGCAGGGUGGAGCGCUUUCGGGGAGCAGCAGCAGGCGGAGGAGGGGGAGUCCUGGGCGGCGUUCAGCACGGAGCCGAGCGUCGCUCCUCCCGCUGAGAGCAGAGAGGAGGAGGAGGAGCAGGAGGAGGAGCAGGAGUGGCAUGAAAGCGAACCCGCAGUCAGCGAGCAAACCAGCAGCACAGACAGACAGUCGGCGACGCUGGCGAGCCGCCUGGAGAAGCUGUUUCAGGGCAGCUUCCCUCAGACCGCCGUCCCCUCAGUGGAGGACGAGGUGGCGUCCCUGAGGAUCCUGCUGGGACCCCCGGAGGACAAACCACAGCCAGGAGGCGAGGAGGAAGAGGAGGAGGAGGAGGAGAGGCCGCCAUGCAACAGGUGAGAGCGAGCCUCCUCGGUGGGACGCAAAAACAUUUCGGCAUCGUUUUUUUCAUGUGCGUUUGUCUAAUCUGUUGGAGUUUUUUAGUUUUUCGUUCUUUUAUGAGCCGUAUCGUUUGAGAAGCAGCGAGCUCCUCACUUCAUUCACAAACGCUUUGGACAGCCCUGUUUUAUCUGAACAGUUGUGUCUUCUGUUUGUCUCUCGUGUCCGUCCGUACCUUGUCUUUGACUGUGCCGCGUCUCAUU